AUGCUUCCAUUUGUAAAACAUGUUCUUUUUGGGACCCCUUAUCAACAGUAUUUUCAAAUUGAAGACCCUCAGGCAUUUGCUAAUGACCCUCUGGCGUGGUCGAGGCCACUAGUUAGGUAUUACUCUGGCGAAUUCUCCAUGGCUGCGGUUCAGGCGAAUGUGGAUAUGGAAGAUAAGUGCCAAGUUGAAGUUGGCAUUGAUGCACUCUUUGUUGGAAUUUAUGAUGGCCAUAAAGGCGACACGGUUUCCAUCUAUCUUAAAGAUCAUAUCUUCAGGGAACUAAUCAGGCUUAUUCAGGAGAAUAAUAACAAUAUGAAUGAGAACAUUAUGAAGCAAGUUGUUGACCAUAUGGAGAAAGGUUUUAUGGAGUCUGCUGGAAGAAAUGUUUUUGUUAGUUCAGGUUGUUUGAUUUGUCUCAUACGGAGAGGGAAGUUAUAUGCCGCCAAUGUUGGAGACUCGCGCGCUGUACUCGGUUCUCUGAAGGGCAUUGGUAAACUUGAAAGAUUGGCUGUUAAACAGAUUGUUAAAGAUCACAAUAUUGAUCAUCGAGAAGUUCAAUCAGCAAUCAGGGACUUGCAGCCAGAUUUUCGUGAUAUAGAUUACAAUAUUAAUUUUCGUACCUGUAUAAUGAUUGCAGAAAAAGGUUUAAUCGAGACAACUAGAUGUAUAGGAUAUGCAUAUUUGAAGGAGGAGGUCAAUGAAAGUGACUCAUUUGAAAUCCCGAGUUGGGAAAGAGUGCCUGGACGUUUUACAAGACCUUUGCUAACAUCGCAACCACAUGUUUAUUCAAGAAUCUUAAGAGACUCUGAUAAAUUCAUUAUAUUUGGAUCUAGUGGAUUUUGGAAAGGGAUAUCAAAUAAGGAUGCUGCUAAAGUUGUUAACACCAGUCCACGAGAUGGAAUCGCAGAAAGACUUGCCACACUUGUUUUACAGAAAGGGGCUAAUAUGAGGGGAACAAGAUAUAGUCAACUUAUAGGGAUGCCUAAGAGUAAUCAAAUUAGUGGGUCGGACACACGCAUUCACAAUUAUUUUCAAUUUAGAUCGGCUUAUCAUUAUGAUAUAACUGUAGUUGUUGUAUAUUUGGACAACAACAGGUCAAAUAGGGAGGGUGUGAUGCUAGAGAUGAACUCCUAUAGCAGCUGCGAUGACGGAUUUCAACAAUCAGAGUUUACAAAUUUCUAUAAUAAUGCUAAUGCGUGA